AUGCCUGCCAAAGCUUUCGCGACACAAGAGUACAGUUUCUCAGAACGCGAAGCGAUGAACAUUUCAGACCAGAACCACUGCCUCGAGCCGUCAUCGCAAGCCAAAUACGCCUGUGGGGUUCGACGAUUUGUCGCUUUCUGCAAAUCCCAAAAUAUUCAAGAUGUCGUUCCGUCAGAAAUCAGCUUAGCGCAUUUCGUCUCGGUAGUCGGCAGAGAAGUUAAGCCAGGCACGAUGAAAACGUACCUAACAGGAGUCGUCCGCCACUACAAAGAAAAAUUCCCAGAAGUCACAACCAUCAGAAGCGGUGACAAAAUCAAAAAUUCGCUGACCGGUCAUUGCGUGAAAGUCACAGUUCGUGGUUUCGAAGGCUCGCGUAUGAUAAUUACGCGAGUGGCUCUCAAACGACAACACCUCCCUCCUCCGGACGAGAAAGUCAGUCGUUGGAAAGAAUAG